UCUAGUAACUUUCAAAAUUUCUACUGCCACCAUUGAGAUUUUAUACUUUUUAUUUUGAUGGUGGACCGAGCCAAGGAAAAUGCGGAGGAGCCUGCUGAUUUCGAAGCGGCGAUUGCGGAGUGUGGAUUUGGGCUGUUCAACCUGUUCAUCCUGUGCAGCGCGAUUCCCUGCCUCACGGCGAUGGUCUUCUCGGCCUCGGCGCUAUCCUAUGUGAUGCCUUCGGCGGAGUGUGACCUCGACCUCAGCAUCGUGGACAAGGGAUUGCUCCAUGCGGUGACCUACGCGGGCAUGAUCAUCUCGGCGAUUCCCUGGGGAUUCGUGGCAGACACCGUCGGUCGGAGACCCGUGCUCAUCUCCGGGGGAUGGCUAGAUGGCUUCUUCGUUCUCUGCGCCUCCUUUAGCCAGAAUACAGCCCAGCUGAUGGUCUUUAAGUUCUUUGAUGGCUUCAUCAUCUGUGGUCCAUUUGCGGUGGUGGUCAGCUACCUGGCGGAGUUCCAUGGCAAAAAGCACCGGCCGUACAUCAUGUUGUUUGUGGGUCUGUGUGUUUCGGUCGGAUCGAUGAUAUUACCUCUGUUGGCUUACUUCCUGAUGCCGGUGGAUAUAUAUUUCAAGGUUGGCACUCUGCAGUUUCGCACCUGGCAAGUUUUCCUGGCAAUUAGUUCGCUGCCGAGUUUUCUCUGCGGUCUUCUGCACAUUUUCCUGCCCGAAAGUCCCAAGUUUCUCAUGUCCCAGGGGAAUUACAAAAAGGCUAUGAAGUCCUUGCAGAGCAUUUAUCAUCUUAAUAAGCGAAAGAGCAGGGACAGCUAUCCGGUAAAACGCUUAUCCGAUCCAACGCCCGAUCGCUCUGAUGAUAUUGAUGGCAAGUCCUCAACAAUCAAGGAAAGAUUUGGGCGAGCCAAGAAAAAGUUCAACGAGGGCUUAUGGCAAUUAAGGCCAAUGUUUUCCAAGCCCUAUUUAACCAUUUCCCUGCUGGUUUACUGCCUGCAUUUCUGUCAGAUAAUGUGUGUUAACUCGGUGCGUUUGUGGCUGCCACAAAUCUUCGCCACGAUGGACGCAAUGGAGAGUCUGGGGGCGAAUGACACGAGUAUGUGUGCGGUUUUGGACCACAAUGCGAUGGCCAUGUCCAUGAACGAGGAGGAAAAGAAGGUGGAGUGCGCUCUACACCACAAUCCAAGCAGCUACGUGGAUAACAUCAUCGUGUCGGGAAUUGGCCUGGUUGGCUUUCUGCUUAUAUUUCCACUGAUGCGCAUCCGAGUGGUCAACAAUCACAUACUGAAAGUGUUCCUAUUUAUCUGCAUUUUUCUGCUGGGCGGACUGUACUUUGUGAAAACUGCUUUGGUCACGAUGAUAGUAUCCGCAAUUUACUUGACUCUGAUGGGAAUUUGUGCCACAACAGUUAUUGGAAUGUCUGUGGUGAUUUUUCCCACUCUGAUGAGGACAAUGGUUCUCCUGCUGAUCAUGACUUUUGGAAGACUUGGAUCUGUGAGUGGCAACCUUUUGUUGCCUAUUUUCAUGCAACUCGGCUGCCUAGCUCCAUUUAUUUGGCUCUGUGUUCUAAUGUCCAUAGCCUUUCUGUUCUCGCUGUUCCUGAAGGUCGACGAUCAGCAAGCGCUGAGCUAAUAUCCUAGAAUUUUUGUACUCGCAGCUUAACCAGAUUAUUUGCAAUCAUCUCGCCAUCGAUGGAUUCCGGGCGAAUUAAUAGUCAGCGCAAUCGACUAUGCGGUUAAUUCAACUUAAUUACACUUUAAUCACAUGCACA